AAAUGUGGCUUUCUCCGGUCGUUUCCCCGUGUCUCGGCCACCUCCCAGCUUGGGAAAGAAAAGGCACGAAAAGCAGCACUUAGCCUGAGCCACCAAGAUCACUGAGAGCUGCCUAGCCUGGCAUGUGGGCAUCGGUACACCCCUCGCUCUGGCUACCCCACGCUCCGCUGCAAGAGCCGCGACAGUGUAGGUCCCUGGGCCUUUUUGGAUGCCUGUUGCCACGGAAACCCCUAUCCUGCUCAGAUGCCGACAAGAGGAUCAAGGUGGCGAAGCCGGUGGUGGAGAUGGACGGUGACGAGAUGACCCGCAUCAUCUGGCAGUUCAUCAAGGAGAAGCUCAUCCUGCCUCACGUGGAUGUCCAGCUCAAGUAUUUUGACCUCGGGCUCCCACAUCGUGACCAAACCAAUGACCAGGUCACCAUUGACUCUGCGCUGGCCACACAGAAGUACAGCGUGGCUGUCAAGUGUGCCACCAUCACCCCGGACGAGGCCCGUGUGGAAGAGUUUAAGCUGAAGAAGAUGUGGAAGAGCCCCAACGGGACCAUCCGAAACAUCCUCGGGGGCACAGUCUUCCGAGAGCCCAUCAUCUGCAAAAACAUCCCGCGCCUGGUCCCCGGCUGGACCAAGCCCAUCACCAUCGGGAGGCACGCGCACGGUGACCAGUACAAGGCCACUGACUUCGUGGUAGACCGCGCCGGCACGUUCAAGAUGGUCUUCACUCCGAAGGAUGGCAGUGGCGCCAAGGAGUGGGAGGUGUACAACUUCCCCGUGGGCGGCGUGGGCAUGGGCAUGUACAACACCGACGAGUCCAUCUCAGGUUUCGCGCACAGCUGCUUCCAGUACGCCAUCCAGAAGAGGUGGCCGCUGUACAUGAGCACCAAGAACACCAUUCUGAAGGCCUACGACGGGCGCUUCAAGGACAUCUUCCAGGAGAUCUUUGACAAGCACUACAAGACGGACUUUGACAAACAUAAGAUCUGGUACGAGCACAGGCUCAUCGACGACAUGGUGGCCCAGGUCCUCAAGUCCUCAGGCGGCUUUGUGUGGGCCUGCAAGAAUUACGAUGGAGAUGUGCAGUCGGACAUCCUGGCACAGGGGUUCGGAUCCCUUGGCUUGAUGACGUCUGUGCUGGUCUGCCCAGACGGGAAGACCAUAGAGGCAGAGGCAGCUCAUGGGACUGUCACCCGCCACUAUCGGGAGCACCAGAAGGGCCGGCCCACCAGCACCAACCCCAUCGCAAGCAUCUUCGCGUGGACACGUGGCCUGGAGCACCGUGGGAAGCUGGACGGGAACCAGGACCUCAUCAGGUUUGCGCAGGCGCUGGAGAAGGUGUGCGUGGAGACCGUGGAGAGCGGGGCCAUGACCAAGGACCUGGCAGGCUGCAUCCACGGCCUGAGCAAUGUGAAGCUGAACGAGCACUUCCUGAACACCACGGACUUCCUGGACACCAUCAAGAGCAACCUUGACAGAGCUCUGGGCAAGCAGUAGGGAGGUGCGGCCAGUCUUGAGUGCCCUGCCCGUGCCGCAUGGGUAAGCCUCACAGCCCUCUCUGGAGGCCUUUCUAGGGGACAUUUUUUAUAAGAUGUUUUUAAGAGAAUGUGUGCCUUCCCCUCAUGGCGGUGUAGGGCAGAAAGUGUGCUUUACCUCAGCAGCCAGCGUGUCCUGCACACUGUAAUUUAUAUCACCCUUGGAACACACGGUGCCAUAUUUAGCUACUAAAAAGCUCUUCACAAAA